AUGGCAACAGUGCCCAUCCAACUGACCAUCGGAGGCGCCCUCACCCUGGCAGACUCACACACAAACCCAGCCACGUCCUGCUCGGCACGACAGAACGCGGCUGCAGGUUCCAGCUCGGCCCCUUCUUCCCUCAAAGAUCGUCGUAUCUCGACGGUCUCUCCUGGAGGAGGAGAGUCCAAGGCCGAGCUGGCUACGCAGCUUUACCGUCUCCGAUAUUUCGUCCUAGCGGUCAAGAAUGGCGUUUGA